GCAGAAUUUGCAGUAUCGCUUUCACGGACUCUCGCGUGAAGCAGCAGAGCGAGUUCAAUCUCGCGACCCCUCAAAUCACUUUUUGGGAAGCGCGUUUCAGAGACCAAGCUGUUUCAGCGUGCACGUGUGUUUUUCUCUGGGUGAGUUUUGAUCCAGCGCCUGUAGUGGAAUAUGGACCCGCGAAAAGUGACGGAGUUAAAGGCCUUCGUGCAGGCAUGCAAAGACAAUCCAGCUCUCUUGCAUCUUCCAGAGAUGAGCUUCUUUAAGACCUGGCUGCAGGGAAUGGGAGCCAAUGUACCGAUACCAACCAAGACUGGUGGUUCAUCAUGCAAGGGAAGCUGUCCAUGUGAUGGAGCUCCCAAAGCAGCAUCAAACCCUGAACCAAACCUUCCAUCUGAGAGUGAAGAAAGUGAAGUAGAAAUCGACAUGGAAGGUGUGAUUGAGCCUGACACAGAUGAUCCUCAGGAGAUGGGUGAUUACGAGAACCUGGAGAUUACUGAUGAGAUGAUUGACCAGGCCAAUGAGAAGAAGAUGGAGGCCAUUGAAAUGUUAGGAGAUGGUGACCUACAGAAAGCUCUCGACCUCUUCACAGAGGCCAUUAAACUCAACCCAAGACUGGCCAUUCUGUAUGCCAAAAGAGCCAGUGUGUAUGUGAAGAUGCAGAAACCCAAUGCUGCGAUCAGAGACUGUGAUAGAGCCAUUGAUAUCAACCCAGACUCAGCUCAGCCAUAUAAAUGGAGGGGGAAAGCACACAGGUUGCUUGGGCAUUGGGAGGAGUCAUCCCGAGACUUGGCGAUGGCCUGCAGACUAGACUACGAUGAUGAAGCCAGUGCCAUGCUGAAAGAAGUCCAACCUAAGGCCAACAAAAUCAUGGAGCACCGGCGCAAAUACGAACGCAAGCGUGAAGAACGUGAGCUCAAAGUGAGACAAGAAAGAGUGAAGAAAGCGAGGGAGGAGCAUGAGAGAGCGCAGAAGGAAGAGGAGACCAGACAACAGGCUGGAGGUGCACAUGGAGGCUUCCCAGGAUUCCCAGGAGGUGCUGGGUUCCCUGGUGGAGCUCCUCCAUUUGGAAUGCCUGGACUUAACGAGCUAUUUAACGACCCAGAGGUUCUCAUGUCUAUGCAGGAUCCUGAGGUGAUGGCAGCAUUCCAAGAUGUGGCGCAAAAUCCCGCCAACAUUGCCAAGUACCAGGGCAACCCCAAGAUCAUGGCCCUGAUCAACAAACUCGGCUCCAAGUUUGGCGGCCAGCAGCCUUAAUGGGCAGAACGAGUUAAUGUGAAUGGGGAGAGAGUGUCAAGUUCCAAUAUUCUGAUGUAGCUUUUUCUGAUUUCUACAAGCAUUUGAAGUAGAAUACUGUUUUACCAGAGUCGUAACUUCUAUAAUGACAUGCAGAUAUAGGAGAAGAAACUAUGAAAGAUUAUUGGAACAGGUAUUCUGUCAUCAUUUACACACCCUCAUAUUUUUCAGGUUUUUCUGGCAGUAGCCUAUGCUAGUCUCAGUCACCAUGCAUUUUCAUUGGAUGGAAAAGAGAUGCAAUGAAAGCGAACAGUGACUGAGGCUAACAUUAUGCCUUACAUAUUUUCAUGUUCCACAGAAGAAAGUCAUCCGGGUUUGGUAAAUGAUGACAGAAUUUUUAUUGUUGGGUGCGCUAUCCCUUUAAGACUACGAUCUUAAUCUCCUCUUCAGAUAAUUUGGGGACAUUUGAAUCUUAUAGCACAGAUGUUCUCAGUUCUGGAUUUGAGAAGCACAUCUCUAGCUGCGCAGACAAACUGCAAUGAACAAAAGUGCAGCCAACCAUUUCAGGAGAUUUAGUAUAAUUCUAAUAAUCACUUUCAUCCAUUCAGUAAUUAUAACUGCUUAUGCUUAUGCUUAUGGUUUUGGUCAAGGUUUUUACCAAAUCAUUCUUCUUGAUUCGAUCCACUUAAACAUCAAACAUUGUGCACUUCAAGAUUGAUUUAGUCGAGUGGGAAGUUCAAUGUGGCUUCAUUCUUCUCUAGAUCAAGAUGGCAUCUUGGCUAUAUUAUCACACGUGAUUAUCAUUUCUUGUCCAAAGCAAGCUGUCAAUCGCUUGAUUUCAUAGAUGUUCCUUUUAAAGGUUUAUGGUUAAUUGUUUUUACAUUAUGCUUCUUUUUUUUGAAAAUCCAAUGAUAAAACGCACUCUUUCAUUUUGUGAAAACAUUUGCAUCUAAUAUUGAAUUUCAUGAUGAUUUUACUCAAUAAACAUUUUGGUUGUUGCACA